ACUCUGGCCUCAGUUAGUGCUGCAAGACACCCUUGCUCCCACCUACCCUUUCUUGCCCAUUGCACAGCUCUUUGAAUUCAUGUUACAGAAAAGAAAAGGGUUCAACUCCUAGGCUUAAGCUUGUUUUGUUCUGUAGACAAAAAUGUUAUUCAUGGCAAAGGUACUUGAACUGAACUUAAGAGAAGGAAGAAAGGUAUAAGAGAGAGAGAGAAAGAAAAGUUGCAACGAGAGGAUGAGUUAGCAAAAUGACAUGUACUGAAUGAAUUGUAAACUGGCCCAAAGGUGAAUGUGAUUGGGGAACAGAAGUACAAAGGAGCAAAGGGCAACAGCAUAGAAAAGAGAAGUUCUGAAAGGCACAGACCUACAGAGUGGAUCUUGAAGAGAGAAUGGCCACAUCCCUGAUUACAACCUUUUCCAUAUUGGUUUCCUGUGUUUUCGGCACUGUCUUCUACAGAGACCAGACUUGGUUUGAAGGUGUCUUCUUGUCCUCAAUGUGCCCCCUCAAUGUUAGCAUGAACACCAUGUAUGGUAUCAUGUUUGAUGCAGGGAGCACUGGAACGAGAAUUCAUGUUUAUACCUUUGUACAGAAAAUACCAGAAAAUCCUCCAACACUGGAAGGAGAAAUCUUUGAGUCAGUGAAGCCAGGUCUUUCUGCCUUUGCAGACCAACCAAAGCAGGGUGCCGAGACUGUUCAAAAACUCUUAGAAGUGGCCAAAGAAUCAGUCCCCCAGAGUCACUGGAGAAGAACCCCAGUGGUAUUAAAAGCUACCGCGGGACUUCGGCUCCUACCCGAUCACAAAGCCCAGGCUCUGCUCUUGGAAGUAAAGGAGAUCUUUAAAAAAUCACCUUUUCUGGUCCCAGAAGACAGUGUUAGUAUUAUGGAUGGAUCCUAUGAAGGAAUAUUAGCCUGGGUUACUGUGAAUUUCCUAACAGGUCAGCUUCAUGGUCAAAACCCAAAGACUACUGGGACUCUGGACUUGGGAGGGGCUUCCACCCAAAUCACAUUCCUGCCCCAGUUUAAGAAAACCCUGGAACAAACUCCCAGUGACUACCUCACCUCCUUUGAGAUGUUCAACAGCACGUAUGAGCUCUACACACAUAGUUACUUAGGAUUUGGACUAAAAGCUGCUCGACUUGCUACCCUGGGAGCACUGGACAUGGAAGCUGUUGAUGGACAGACGUUCCGAAGUUCCUGUCUACCCAAGUGGUUGGAGGCAGAAUGGGAUUUUGGGGGAGUGAAAUAUCAAUAUGGUGGCAGACAGGAAGGGGAGACAGGGUUUGAAGCCUGCUAUUCUGAAGUGCUUCAGGUGGUUCAAGGAAAACUUCACCAGCCAGAUGAGAUUCGCAAAAGCUCUUUCUACGCCUUUUCUUAUUAUUAUGAUAGAGCUGUUGAUACAGACAUGAUUGAUUAUGAAAAGGGAGGCAUUUUAAAAGUGCAAGACUUUGAGAAAAAGGCCCGGGAAGUGUGUGAUAACUUGGAAAAUUUCACCUCGGGCAGUCCAUUCCUGUGUAUGGAUCUUAGUUAUAUAACAGCCUUAUUAAAGGAUGGCUUUGGGUUCGCAGACAGCACUAUCUUACAGCUCACAAAGAAAGUGAAUAACAUAGAGACUGGCUGGGCCCUGGGUGCUACCUUUCAUCUACUACAGUCUCUAGACCUUUCCCACUGAGGCCCAAGUACUUCCUACAGGGACUACAAUUGCCAAUCAGUGACCUUUCCAGAAGGAGGAGUGAUGAUGGCCCAUUCACAUUGCCGAAUGAGGCUAAAAUACCAUGGACCAAAGCCAAGCAGCUAGUUCCAUAUGGAGCUAGAGAAAUUAGUAGAUGGGAUUUGAUCUAGACCUUAUGAUUUCUGUUUAAUUAAUUAUACACAUGUAAUGUGA